UGUGUGUGUGUGUGUGUGUGUGUGUGUGUGUGUGUGUGUGUGGUGCUGUAGCUCAAUUGGUUAGAGGGUGAACAUCUGGGAUCUUGGAGGGUUGCAGGUUCAAGCCACAGUGAUGGCGAGCUAUGGCAUAAUUUCCUUAAGCAAGAAACUUACACACAAUUGCUUCUCUCGACUCAGCAGUAUAAAUGAGUACUUGGUCAUUGACUGGGGUGGACAUGACCGCUGGCUUGGCAGUAACAUCAUGCGGCAGACGGGUACUUGUGGGCUUUGGUGUCCAGUCCCAGAGCUGCGCAAUUGUCUUUGACACCUGGAUGACUCCUGCCAAGCUCCAGGUGGAUUGUAGCACUGACCCUAAGCCUUCACGUAGUGCAUGGAGGCCCUGUCUCUAGAGGCAGGGGAGCUAUCUCUGCAACUGACGUUAAGGUUGACGUUGAAUAACGUGGAGGGCUUGACAUUUGUCCAUUUGUUUAUUUUUAUUUGUGUUCCUGUAAAAUGCAGAAGGCUUUGGACGCAGUGGUUGUUGAUGGUGGCUCUAUUGAGAUUGUUGAUAACUUUGUCUACCUCGGUAGCUGCAUUACAGCAGACAGUGACUUACAAGAAGAAUCGUCACUCUGCAUUGCCAAAACUUGUAAAGCCUUGGAUGCCUACGUCAGCCAAUCUUGAAGAACAAACAUUUCCCAAUAGCUACGAAAAGAACUGUUUAUCAAGCUGUCAUUCUACCCACUUUGUUAUAUACGGAGCAGCGACAUGGACUGCCAAGUCUAACAACAUCAGACGUCUAGAUUCAUUUCAUAAUCGAUGUAUUCGGACCAUUCUCAGUGUCAACAGACAUCAACAAUGGCAGGAGCAUAUUACAUAAAGGAUGGAGUGAUGCAGUGUCAAAUGACUUGAAAACCAUGAAUGUGUUCGAGGCAUGAGGGCGGGGUAAAGGUCUGGCUACGCGAGACUAGGACUGUCUAUACUAUAACAUAGUGGAUUAGAGUACAAGUCACUGCUGUUGCACUUUUGCGUACAAGAAGUCGUAGAAUUAUUAUAGUUUGAUCAUGUAUGCAGUGAUGUUCUGUACAUGGCUGCAUGUGUUUCUGGUGAGACACGGCCUUCAGUGAGUUAAUAAGUUUUGCACACAUUAGCAUAUUUGCAGUGGUGGGUGACAAUGUGAGAGAUCAAUGCAAAUAGGGUGUUGUAGAAAAUGAUGUGCUGAUUAUGAAAAUGACAAUAUGAACUUGUAGGCAGGAAAUGAGAAAGGGGAGGGGCUGGAUAUGAAAAAAUAUUGAGACUAGAUUGUAUACCUGCCCCGGAUGUGAGGGUGUGUGAGGAGGAGUAUAUAAGAGCAAGCUCACCAGCUCACUUCAUCAGUAUCGAGGAUAUCGGUCAUCAUCAUGUUUUCAUUUUUUGUGACAGUUCUUGUGCUCAUUCAAGUCAUUGCUCCUUCUGGUGGUCAAAGUGUGCCAGAUGAGAGAAAUCAGCAGAUAUGCCUGCCUGCUAAUGUUCUGGGAGUACCUGGACAAGAUGGAAUGAAAGGAGGAAAAGGAAUGAAGGGAGAGAAAGGAUUAGUUGGAGAUGUCGGCAGUAAAGGUAAUGCUGGGAAGAUAGGUCCACAAGGAAUAAAAGGAGAAGAAGGUAGAAGAGGAGAAACAGGAAGUAAGGGAGAAAAGGGAUUAGUUGGAGAUGCUGGUACACAAGGAACAAAUGGAGAAGAAGGAAGGAAAGGAGAGAAAGGAAUAAAGGGAGAGAGAGGAUUAGUUGGAAAUGUUGGUGGUAAAGGUAAUGCUGGGAAAAUAGGUCCACAAGGUCCACAAGGUGCACGAGGGAUAAAAGGAGAAACAGGAAGGAAGGGAGAGAAAGGAGAAGCUAUGACACUCAACUGGAAACAGUGUGUGUGGAAUAGAGUGGAUGUGAAGGACAUCGGUCUGGUUCAGAACUGUAAUUUUAGGAAACAUGACAGCAAUUCAGCUAUACAUGUUGCAUAUGCAGGAAAUCUCAGGGUUAGAUGCUCCAGUGGUCAGUGCUGUUCUCGAUGGUAUUUUACAUUCAACGGUAACGAGUGCAGUGGACCUAUGACUAUUGAGGGAAUUGUGUAUGGUUAUCCAGCUAAUGACAAUCCUCAUCGUCACAGACAGAUUGAGGGAUACUGUGAGAACAUUCCAGCAGGUCAAGUCACAAUUGGAUUCAACAUUGGAAACUGUAACAAAUGGAGAUCAAGUACGUAUGAUGGCGAUACAGGAUGGAUAUCAGUAUCUCGCAUUAUGAUUGCAGAAGUUCCUCCAUCACAAAAGUAACUGAAUGAGAGAGAAAUUAGAACUUGUGUUCAGUAUAGUUUGCAGUACGUACAGUACGAGGUAGCUGAAGUAGGAGGCUGGAUGGUGUGUGUGCAUGUCUCUCUUUGGCGUAUGUGAGUGUUUGUAUGAUUAAUUCAAUGUGUAGCUGCAACUAACAAUUGAUAUCAUCUGUCAAAGUUACAGAACA